AUGGAUACUCUGCAGGCGAAUAAACUGGUUAUUUCAGAAGACAAAAUGGCCAACUCCAUUGAAAUGAGCAUACGCGAUGAAGACCACACCCUUGGAAACGCUCUUGUCUCUGAGCUGCAGAAAAAAGAAGGCGUUAUGUUCGCUGCGUACAAAAUACCCCAUCCGCUGCAGAACAUUCUAAAAGUAAAAGUAGCUGCAGAAAACACCGAGGAUAAGCCCGUUGAACUAGUCAAAUCUUGUCUAGACGAUCUCAUCAGAGACUGCGAAACCAUGCUAACCCAUAUUUAUAAGUAG